GUACUGGAUGGGUGAGUAAGCACCCAGUGUGACAUUUGUGUUGGCACAGUUUACUGUGACCCGCCAUCUUGCCUAAUCCGCUCAGUCUGCUUCCAACCUUCGGCUGAGUCGGUCACGUGGACAGUUGCCCUCCGCCAGUGGUCGCUACAACGCCCUCAACCUGUACUGGAGAACAUUAAACUGCAAACAAUAUAUCUCCCCUUCACAACAACGUUACAGUCUGGCACCUGUUCAUCUCUACAUUAAUUCAGAGUACUCAGGAAAUUCGCCAUGAGGAAGCAGGUGGCUGAAGAUGCAAGUCCGUCAGAAACUGCGCUUCACAGGGAGUGUGAGCUUUGUGGGGAAGACCCGGCGGGAGAAUACGGCAGCAGUUGUCACCAUCCGGAGGACUCUGCCUCCUCCACGUCGCCUGAGCCCAGUGACGGCUCCCGAGCUGCUCUGCUGCCACAGGUUAUGGCGACGGUCGUUGCAGCUCUCGCCCAAGUGGACAUGGGUGCUAUGAUUGGUUUUGCGGGAGUGACUCUACCACAACUUAUGGACAAAACUUCAGGCGACCUCGUACUGGACACCUCACAGUCAGCCCUCUUUGGUAGCAUGAUGUUCUUGGGCGCCAUGUUGGGGUCCUCCAUUGUUGGUUUGCCUAUGGUGCGUUUGGGCCAGCGAGUGACGCUCCUGUUGGCUCUACCCUUAUCACUGACCAACUGGCUCGUCUUGGCCACCGCACCCACGGCCUGGCUCAUCUUGGCCUCCCGCUUCACUCAGGGCAUCGUCUUCAGCUUCCUGGCAAAUGCUGCCUCGACUUACGUAGCAGAGCUUGCCCACAGCACACUGCGAGGGAGCCUGUCCUCUAUUCUAGACCUUUCUCGUCAGAUUGGCAUUCUUCUGGUAUAUGCUAUAGGAAGCUCAAGUCUAAAUUGGCGAAAAGUGGCAAUGACGUGUGGAGUUUUAAACACUGUUAUUCCAUUUAUUGGACUGUUGAAAUUACCAAGCUCACCACGGUGGUUAGCCACGCGAGGAUAUAAUGACAGAGCUCUCAAAUCCUUAGUCUUCUUCCGGGGCUCAAGCUACGAUGUUCACAGCGAGAUGAAGGGCAUUACAGAGCAGCUCGGUACAACGUCAUCUGAUAGAAGAACUAUAUUAGAUCAGCUUCGAGAACUUCGAAAGCCAUCGAUACUUAGAUAUAUUAUCAUCAUGUCAUUUGUUUUGUAUUUUUAUCACUUCAGUGGCGCAAUGGUUAUUCCUACAUAUAUCGUAGUUAUUGUUAACAUUGCAAAUGUUAAUAUAAGCUCGUAUUUGUGUGCCGUUGUUAUAGGUAUUGUUCGAGUUAUUGGGACGUUGUUCUUUAUUUGCGUCAUAGAUAAGAUUGAUCGCAAGCCUUUAUUCGCAAUUUCUUCUGUUCUGUGCAGCUUGUGUUUGAUUGGAGUAGGCAUUUUCUUCUUUGACCAGGUUCACGGCCAACACCUCAAAGACCACACCUGGUUACCAAUCACUUGCCUCGCAGUCUAUUCGUUUUUCUCUGUAUCUCCAAUUGUUAACGUUCUUCGAAGUGAACUUUUUCCGAGUUCUGUUCGUUCGGUCGUUGUUCCUCUUUUAUACACAAUAUUCUUUAUUGGGGCAUUUACCACUGUAGAGGCGUAUCCUUACCUCGUGGAAGCGUUGGGGAUCUAUGGGGCAUUUUGGAUCUCUUCUGGUUUCAUCAUUCUUCUGGUUGUUAUUGUUGUCACUACUAUUCCCGAGACUCGAGGCAAAACUCUGGAGGAAAUAACAGAGUUACAGAGUCUGAGGAGAAGUGCGUCCGAACACUUCGCAGGUGUUUGAUGGGAGAGAAACCGAGGGAUAUAAGAUUGACCACAGCUGGCAUAAGAUAGAUACUCUCUCUAUAGCUAUAGGAUUUAUUCCCUCUAUGGCUGUUGCUUAGAGACAUAGUUUUGUUGGAGAUAGGAAGCAUGUUUGUAUGUGUAUAUAAUAUAUAUACUUUAGGCUUGUAUUUAGGUCCCCCAGGUAAAACUUCUGACCUUCCGCAGAAUGUAACGCCACAUUUGCCUAACUUUUCAGUACCUUUUUAGUUCUGGGUGAACUCCUGAGGCAUUAGGUGGAAACAAACUUACCCAACCAUUUCUGUACUCCUCGGGAAUCAAACCUUCGGGCAUUGUCCCAUACUUCUUGGGGAGCGGAUAGGCGCACUCUCCUUGCUUUACAUUCCUCUCUCGUCCUGUCUAAGCUCGAUUAUGGUUGCCCUGCUUACUCGUCUGCUUCUCCUCCUACUCUU